UCUGACGAGCGACCAGCGGACGCACAUGGAAGAGAGACCCUACUUAUGCGACUUGUGUCCCAAGUCGUUCCGUCAAAAACGCGGUCUGACGAUCCACAAGUGGACGCACGUGGCAGAUAAACGCUAUUCAUGCGACUUGUGUCCCAAGUCGUUCAGUCAAAAGCGCGGUCUGACAAUCCACAAGUGGACGCACACGGGUGAGAAACCGUUCUCAUGCGACUUGUGUCCCAAGUCGUACACUCGAAGCGGUAAUCUCGAGAUCCAUAAGCAUUCGCACACGGGUGAGAAACCUUACUCAUGUGACUUGUGUCACAAGGCGUUCACUCGAAAAUAUUAUAUGAAGGUCCACAAGCGGACGCACAAGGAAGAGAAACUUAACGUAUAUGUGACGUGCGUGCCAAGUAAUUUACUAAAAAUAUUCACAUGAUUAAACAUCUGAGGACGCAAGAUAUGAGUGCCCGAUCAAAACUCGAAAUAUUAUGAUAUUGCUGUUCAUAAUAUGUUAAUUUGUU